AUGGAGGACCAACGACAGUACCGGAAGAAGAUCGAAGCUCCGGUCACAGAUGCUAAACGUGAUGAUAGACGAACAGGUGACAGGGGUCGUAAUCAAAGGCCCCUUCGAAGAAAACUAAAAGCCCCGCUCGGUCCUCGAUACGACCACUAUACACACCUUACUGCUCCAAGGGAAAAGGAGUUCGACAAAGCCUUCCAAGCCAACCUAAUCACCAUUCACAAAAGGCGUACGCCUAGAGAUGCGGACGCGUCCAAGAUAUGUCGGUUUCAUGAUAACCAAGGACAUUCCACUGAAGGCUGCCAAGAACUUAAAGAUGAGAUAGAAAGAUUAGUCUGUGCGGGGUACCUGCGAGAAUUUGUUAAAGCAGAGACAAGCCAACGGGGACGUUCCCCCCAACGGGGACGUUCCCCCAGAAAAUUCAAGAGAAGUCCCGAGCCUUCGCGCCGAAAACCUGAACGCCCUCGUGAACGUUCGAGAAGCAAAUCCAGAAAGCGAGACACGACCCCAAAGGGCCGUAUUGACACCAUCUCAGGAGGUUUUGCCGGGGGAGGAGCCUCAUCUUCGGCUUGCAAGAGACACUUGCGGAACUUGCGUAGCGUCCACACAAUAGCCCGGAACCCUUUGUCAAUGCCGGACAUCACCUUUAUCGACAGGGAUUUUCACGCCCCGGACCCGGAACAGGAUGAUCCUAUGGUCAUUACGGCCCGAAUUGCGGAGUAUGAUGUGAGCAAAGUCCUAAUCGACCAAGGAAGUUCUGUCAAUAUUCUAUACUGGACAACAUUCCAGAAGAUGGCCCUGGCAGAGGAGGCCAUAAAACCCUUUCACGAGCAGAUUGUCGGUUUUGCAGGAGAACGCGUUGACACCCGGGGAUACCUCGACCUGAGGACCCGCCUGGGUACCGGUGACCAAUCCAAAGAAAUCCGUGUGCGCUUCUUGUUAGUGGAAGCCAAUACUUCAUACAAUGCUCUUCUCGGACGUCCAUGCCUGAACGCCUUCGGAGCGAUUGUAUCAACUCCUCAUUUGGCGAUGAAGUUCCCGUCCGGAAAAGGUGAAAUAUGCACCGUUCGAGCAGAUCAGAAAACCGCUCGGCAAUGUUACACAACCUCCUUAAAAGCCACGACAUACAGAAGAGAGAGAAGGCCUGAAACCAUACUGGUCGACCUAGACCCAAGGACCAACACAGACGACCAGAUUCAACCCCAGGGGGAGAUCAAAUCGUUCGUCCUGGGAAAAAUGAUGAACAGAUUACUAACAUAG